CAUGACAGCGCUACCCACAACCCCCCGCGUCUGCCCUCAGUAAAGAUGGCGGGCAUGAGCCUCCUCCGGUCGGCGGCGGCCUCUCUUGUCAGCCGUCUGCAGCCGGUACAGCGCGGUGUGCUGGGGAGAAGAGCGCUGCUGGGGAGCGCACCGCCGCCUGCUGCGGUUCCCGUACGGUUUGAAAGCCAUGGAAAGAAGUUGUUUGUAGUCGCACCAUCUACAUAUUAUGACAAAAGAUUUCUCAAGUUAUUGAAAUUCUACACGUUACUGGCAGCCGUGCCCGCUGGUAUAGCCAUUACACUCAUCAACAUCUUCAUUGGACCGGCAGAAUUAGUUGAAGUUCCAGAGGGUUAUGUUCCCGAUUAUUGGGAGUACUACCAGCAUCCGAUUACCCGUUUUCUUGCCCGCAAUAUAUAUCACGAUUAUCAGCAAUCAUAUGAACAGGAAAUGGCUCUAAUUCAUGUUGAGAAUGAGAAACGGUUGCUCAGACUCUAUGAACUUGCAGCGCGCCGCUCAAUGAGACAGAAUGGAGAUGGUCCAUGGUAUCAGUUUGAGACUUUGGAUAAGAACCUCAUUGAUAAUUCACCUAAGACAGUCCCUGAUGCGUAGUUCCCCUGACUGCUCUGUAUUGUUGUAAAGCUUAAUUUCACAUGUGUCCACUUAUUCUGGUGACUGGUUCAAAUAAACUUUGUACCCGUGUAGUGUUA